AACAUAGAAUCUCCCAUUUUGACUCUAAAACACAGGUUGCACAAGCUAUGCGGAUUGGAUUCCGCAAUGCUUGACGCAACAAUCCAAAUUUUACGUCCUAACAGUAGUUGAGCAAUUAUUUAAUACCGUUUCAUUGCAUUGGUCAAACUCAUUUCUAUUCCCACAAACCAAAAACUCAAAUUUCACAAUUCAAUCCUAAAAUUUUCGACCAAAUUCAUCGAUUCAAGGUCGCGAAAAUGUCAGCAACAAUCUCUCAAUUAUCAUGCUUCUCUUACAUCCACCACAAUUUCAAUCUUCAGCAACGCCGAUCUUCGUUGCUUUUCCUCAAUAAUCAUCGUUCUAAGUUAUCAGUUGCCAUGAGCCUUGAAGGACAUGAUGCUGAAACAUCUAGUUCCGGCAACAUGCCUAAGCUAAGCUAUGCGGCUGAUUUAUCGAACCCAGGUGUGGAAGUGGUGGAGAAGUCGUAUAUUGGGGCCGAGGGACAUGUUAAUGGUAAAUUUGGUGGAAAUGGAUCUCUGAUUCCGGAUGUUGUUGAGGAGAAGAAGAAGACGGCAAAGAUCCAUGACUUCUGUCUCGGCAUCCCUUUUGGUGGUUUUGUUCUGUUUGGGGGACUUCUUGGUUCUAUUUUUUCAAGGAACUUGGCUACCCUUGGCACAGGUGUUCUUUUUGGAGGUGGUAUUUUAGCAUUUAGCACAGUUAGUUUAAAGGUUUGGAAUGAAGGGAAAUCAAGUUUCCCUUUUAUUAUCGGGCAAGCAGUUCUUGCUGUCACCUUACUAUGGAAGAACAUUCAGACCUACUCCGUGUCAAAGAAACUAUUACCAGCGGGACUGUAUGCCUUAGUGAGCGCUGCCAUGCUGUUCUUUUAUUCCUACGUGAUAAUUUCUGGAGGAAAUCCACCUCCCAAAAAAUUGAGGUCCGCUGCCGAAGCUGCAUCAUGAUGAAACAUUUCCAAGUUCAGAUUGUACCUUUUGACAGUGAAGAUGUGUUUUUGCUCUCAGUUUUUUUGUUUUUUUUUUGUUUCCUUUUAAAUGAGAGUUUACUUCAGUCCGACUUGAUAGCUUAACAUGCGAGAAAAUCGCAAGAUAUGAGUUUAGUUUAGCUACAGAGCCUGUGGGCUAGUAAUUAUUUAUACGAAAUAUGUGUAUGUACUAAAUAAUUGGGGUUCUUUGAAUGUGGAAAUGAAGUGUGAGGGACUAGAUCUUAAUUAGCAGAAAAUGAGCUACAAUUUGUAAUUACAUUGUUUGCCACAAUUAAUGUUACUUCGACUGUUCUAUUUA